AUGAGGAAGGUCAAGAUCUAUGUUACCCUGAAUGGUGCCAAUGUGGCUCCUGAGUCUCGCCAAAGUCAAGUUGAAGACCUGAUUAUGGGUCAUAAGAAGGGUCACUUGUACGAGAAUCAAUUUGGAAAUGUACACUGGGACUACGUCGUCAUCAAGAUUCAACCAGGCAUUGAUAUCACGCUCGCCUUGUUCAGAGAGUCCAGGUUCUGGAACUACUACUCAGUUGGAUCCAUUGACAUUGAUGAGCGUCAGAAGGAUUUUGAGGGUCAGUGUCUAAUGAUCUACUGGGACGAUGAUGAUGAGGACCUGUUCAAGAGAUACAAACCAGUCUACAAUUGCAAUGCUAUGAUCAAGGACUACCUAAAGAAAGAGUUUGAUAUCGACACCAGUAACAUUGUAGCCUCCAAGUCGGUCGGUAUCGCCCGUGACGCCCCACUCAAGAUGGUCCCUCGUGCACCGAGCCGUCCAGGUGUGAAGCCCAACGUCAGACCAGACAAGGAUGGUGAUGGAAAGCCAGACAAGCCAGCCGCAGCCAAGCCUAAGGACACUGACAAGGAUGGCAUCCAGACAGCAAGGAAAAGGAUAAAGAUGGUGAUGGCAAGAUUGACAAACCAGCCACCGCCAAGCCCAAAGCUAGUGCCAGAGCAUAAUAACCUCACCUUCUCUGCCAGAGUACUAAUCACCAAUAAACUCGUCGACCACUCCAUCAUGAAUGGAUGA